UGUAGUAACUUUCUUGCUCUUCCGUUUCUCCUCUGCCUACCCGCUUAUCAACUAUUCCCUCUAUCGCAGUUAUCGUCCUGUCCCUCUGGAACAGCAGUACAUUGGUAUAACAGAGAAAAAGGCGGUUAAGCGCUUCCAACUGAUGAAUGAAAUUGUCUACGAAAAGACGGCACGCGCAGUUCGCGAUAUGUGCUUGGAGAAGGAUACCCUGGGCCUCUUCAUGAAGGACAAGAACGCCUCCACAGAGGUUCUGCGUCAGGAAGCUGAGCAGGUGAAAAACUUGGAGCUGAAGGAUCUCCUGCCUUACGGCUUCGGUAUGCAUCACGCGGGCAUGAGUCGCGUCGACCGUACGCUGGUUGAGGAUCUAUUUGCCGAUCGUCACAUUCAGGUCCUGGUGUCCACGGCUACUCUUGCUUGGGGUGUCAACUUGCCCGCGCACACGGUUAUCAUCAAGGGGACCCAGAUUUACAAUCCUGAAAAGGGCAAAUGGACAGAACUUAGUUCGCUGGACGUCAUGCAGAUGCUCGGUCGUGCUGGUCGACCACAAUACGAUACCAAGGGUGAGGGUAUUCUUCUCACCAACCACACCGAACUGCAGUACUACCUUAGUCUCAUGAACCAGCAGCUGCCCAUUGAAAGUCAGCUUGUUUCUCGCCUACCAGACCUUCUCAACGCCGAGAUAGUCCUCGGCACUGUGUCAAAUGUGCGGGAGGCCGUAACCUGGCUCGGGUAUACCUACCUCUACAUACGAAUGUUGCGUCAACCAGCCCUUUACGGCGUUCCACCAGGUAGUGAACACAGUGAUCCCUGGCUGGAACAGCGGCGUCGCGAUCUCAUCCAUACCGCCGCGAUGGCCUUGGAGCGCUGUCAACUCAUCACCUACGAACGCAAAUCUGGCAGCUUUGAGUCCACGGAGUUGGGUCGUAUUGCUUCCCAUUUUUACCUCACCCAUGAAACCGUCAGUUCCUACAACAAGCUCCUUCGUCCCGGUCUGGGCGAGAUUGAACUCUUCCGAGUCUUUGCGGCCAGUUCGGAAUUCAAGCACAUUAACGUUCGCCAGGAAGAACGCUUCGAGCUUGCUAAACUCCUUGAACGCGUGCCCAUUCCAAUUAAAGAAUCUGCGGAGGAGCCCGCCGCUAAGGUAAACUGCCUUCUUCAGGCCUACAUAUCCGGUCUAAAAUUGGAAGGCUUUUCCCUCGUCUCCGAUAUGGUCUUCAUCGCACAGUCUGCUGGUCGACUGAUGCGAGCGCUCUUCGAGAUUGUGCUACAUAAGGGCUGGGCUGAAUUGGCCGACAACGCUCUCACUCUGGCCAAGAUGAUUGAACGCCGAAUGUGGGAGUCAAUGUGCCCGUUACGGCAGUUUAAGAAACUGCCUGAUGAAGUGAUCCGCAAACUUGAGAAGAAGGCCCUUCCAUUUGAACGCCUAACUGAUAUGAACCACCACGAACUGGGUGAACUGGUGCGUGCACCUAAACUGGGCAAGCCACUGCACAAGUAUUUGCAUCAGCUGCCUCGCCUGGAAAUGAGUGUGCAUGUCCAGCCCGUAACACGGUCUGUCCUGCGGGUGGAGCUCACUCUCACGCCGGACUUUGUGUGGGACGAAAAGACACAUGGUACUGUGCAGGCCUUUUGGAUUUUUGUUGAGGAUGUAGAUGGGGACACUAUUCUGCACCAUGAGUUCUUCAUCCUCAAACAGCGCUAUGCCACAGAGGAGCAUGUCCUACACUUCACCGUGCCCAUUUUUGACCCUCUGCCACCUCACUACUACAUUCGCGCGGUGCCGGACCGGUGGAUUGGUGGAGAGGUUACCCUGCCGGUCUCUUUCCGGCACCUUCUGCUGCCGGAGAAAACCGCGCCGCCAACAGAACUACUUGAUUUGCAGCCGCUGCCCAUUACUGCCCUGCGAAACAAAGAGUUUGAGGCCCUCUACACUGAUCAUGUUCGUGUCUUCAACCCCAUCCAAACACAGGUCUUCAAUUCCCUGUACAAUUCCGACGAGAACGUUUUCAUUGCUGCACCGACGGGCAGCGGCAAGACUGUGUGCGCCGAACUGGCCAUUUUCCGUCUCAUAACCACAGCUAGCAGCAGCGCAGCGGCGGCGGCUGAGGGCCGUCCUGAAGCCAACUUCAAA